AUGCGAGUCUCCCAGUCUGUGCUAAAUGAUUUUGUGUACAUGAGGACAGGAUUUCAGCCUUCAACCAAGCUGCUCAUACCUUUGUCUUAUCUUUCACUGCAUAUUUGUACAGUCACCUGUAAUCUACCACAGCCCGUGGCAAUAUUCACCUUUGGAAUAGUUAUAGUCAAACUGAGGAACAGUAUGUCUCCAAUCACAGGUUUCUGUGCAGGCUUCAAAAUGGAGGACUUUGGUGAUACAUGCAGUAUAGAAGCAUACUCCUGCAUGAGCCCGACUUCUGUGACUCUGGCCAGUGUCCUGCAGGUCAGGGGUGAGGCUUUGUCUGAAGAAGAAAUAUGGGCCCUCUUGUCCCUGGCUGCCCAGCGGCUCCUGGAAGACCUUCGUGAUGAUUCCUCAGACUAUGUGGUCUGCCCCUGGUCAGCUUUGCUUUCUGUGACCGGAAGUCUUUCUUUCCAAGACCACAGUUCUCACCUAGAAGCUGCACCUUUCAAGGCUCCUGAGCUGCUACAAGGGCAGAAGGAUGGAGAACAGCCUGAUGCAUCUCAGCCUCUGCAGCUCAAUGAGCCCUUGCAUUCUGUUUUGCUGACCAUGUGUGAAGACCAGCCUCGAAAGCGGCUGCCCUUAGUGUCGGUUCUGGAAACCUGCCGGCUUCACUGGGAAGAGGUGGCUGUGCACCCGGCCUCUGCCCAUCUCCACAUCAAACGGCUGGUGGGCUCGGUUCUGGGAACCAUCUCUGAGGUGGAGAGGAGGGUUGUGGAAGAAAGCUUCACUGUGCAGCAGGACAGAAGCUCCCUGCUCAGGAAUAGGCUGCACCAGGCCAGCUGUGAGAGUCCAGCAGCGGCAGCCCCGGAGUGUCUGCACCCCUGUGGAGUUUCAGAGAGAAGCACAGAGACACAGAGCUCCCUGGGACCAGGUCUGAGCACCUUGGCACACAGCCGCUGUAGCCUCUUUGCUAGCAGAAUUCUUCCAGUUGAAGUUGCCCAUGAUCUUCAGGAGGGCCUGCGGCUCAGCUCUGGAUCUGGAUCCCCACUGUCUGUGGCAGCUGAAAACUCACUGCCUGCAACACCUUCCCAAAGAGAGUUCCUGAAAAGAAAGGGAAAGUUCUCCAGGCCCGAGUUCCUCCUGUUGGCCAGAGAGGCCCCAGUGACUUUGCAUCUGCCUGGAUCAAUUGUGACCAAAAAGGGGAAAUCUUAUUUGGCUCUCAGGGAUCUCUGUGUGGUACUGCUGAGUGGACAGUGUCUAGAGGUGAAGUGUGACAUCAUGUCAACAGUAGGAGCCAUCUUCAAUGCUGUCACAACCUUUGCCAACCUUGGGGAGAUCACUUACUUUGGCUUGGCUUACAUGAAACGCAAGUAUCUUCUGGGUAGUGCCUCAGCUAAUAAGUAUCUGGGUGCCUGAGUGCUAUUCCUUCUAAAACUACUGCUUGA